AUGGCUCUAACACUACUCAUCACCACUCUCCUAGUCUGCCUCUGCAUAAAAUCCCUCCUCACCUACCUCCACCUCCGAAAAUACCCCACCCUAACCCCCCUCUCUGCCCUCACCACCCUAUCCUACCUCCACCACCGCUUCCACCCCUUCCGAACCAGACACCUCUACCACAAACACAAACAACACCCCAUCAUCCGCCUCGCCCCAAACACCCUCUCCUUUGCCUCCGCACAAGCCAUAAAAGACAUCUACGGCCACGGCACGCCCUGCCGAAAAGAUGAUGUGUACCAUUUGACUAUGGGCAGUCAUGCGAAUGUUCUGAACGCUGUGGAUCGCGGGGAACAUGCGCGCAAGCGAAGGAUGUUGGCACAUGCUUUUGCGGCGAGGAAUCUUGAGCGGUGGGAGGGGAAGAUUGGGGAGAAGGUUGGGGGGUUGGUUGAGGCGGGGGAUGUUAUUGUUGAUUUUAGGAGAUGGUUGAAUCUUUUUACUGUUGAGGCUGUUGUUGAUUUGGCGUUGAGUGAGAGGCUUGAUUUGCUUGGUUUGGGGAUGGAUAGGGUUGAGAUUGAGGGGGGAUAUGGGGUCAAAUACAUUGAUAGCUUGCAUUGUGGAGGCAGGUUUGUCUCUACAUUCGUGGGUGCGACGGACUGGUUUCACUUUCUGAAGACUGUCUCAAUCUGGCUUUCGCCAUAUCUGCGCUUGCAAUGGGAGCGUGGUCAGAAAUUUGGCAAGAUUGUCCGUGCGUUGGUUGAUAAACGGUUACGGAGGGAUGAGUCUGGUGAACAUUUGGAUGAUUUCUUCGACUGUCUGAUUACCGACAAAUCGGGCAAUGCGCGCUGUCUUGAGAGGGGGGAAAUCGAAGCUGAAACGAGUAUACUCUUGGAUGCCGGCUCCGACACCACCGCAAUAGCUUUGACUCACGUUUUGUACUAUCUUAUCAAGAACCCGCGCUCUCUGGAAAUACUUAGGAAAGAGGUGACCGAUGCACUAUCGAGAGAAACCAUCGCACCCUACGCAAAAGUGAAAAACCUGCCCUAUCUAAAGGCAUGUCUCGACGAAUCGCUGCGUCUCUCCCCACCCGUUUCAAGAGGCCUCGAGCGCAGAACGCCUCCUGGCGGCAUGGAAAUUGCAGGAGAAAACAUCCCAGGUGAUGUUGCCGUUUCCGUCCCGACAUACGUUGUCCAUCGUGACCCAACGAUAUUCCCAGAUCCAGAUGAAUACCGGCCGGAAAGAUGGUUUGAGGAGGGGGAGAAGGCUAAGCAAAUGCGGGAUGCGUUUAUCCCGUUUAGUACUGGCGCUCGUGGCUGCAUUGGACGCAAUAUAUCGAUGAUUGAGCAGCAAAUUGUGAUCGCAACGCUUGUUUAUAGAUAUGAGUUUGCGUUGUUAUCUGAUGGUUGGGAGAUGGAGUGGGAGGAGGCGUUUCUCCUGUGGCCGGGUCAGAUGCCAUUGAAGAUCUGGAGAAGAGAGAACUGA